GCAGCAGGCUUUGUAGAGAUGACAACCUGAAAGCCAGUGCUGAACUGUGUUGUGGAGACUAAAGGGGACGCCUUUUUGGUUAUUACUGAAGUUACACCAUCGCCUCUAAGGUGAAAAUCCAUUGCUUUGGAGGAAUAAUGAACUGCAGGAGCGCAUGCUGUAACCACUGGUCUUCUGAGGAGAGGUUAGAUGGGAAAACAGUGAUCAUCACUGGAGCCAACACUGGCAUCGGCAAGGAAACAGCCAGAGAUCUUGCAAAAAGAGGUGCACGCAUCAUUAUGGCAUGCAGAGACGUGGAGAGGGCGGAGGAUGCACGUACCGACAUUUUGGAGGAGACAGGAAAUGAGAACAUCAUUAUCAGGAAACUGGAUCUGUCUGAUAAAAAGUCCAUCAGAGCGUUCGCUCAGCUCAUAAACAAAGAAGAGCAGCAAGUGAAUAUCCUGAUAAACAAUGCAGGCAUUAUGAUGUGCCCUUAUUCUAAGACAGUCGAUGGCUUUGAAAUGCAGUUGGGAGUCAAUCAUCUGGCUCCUGCACGCAUUGUCAUUGUGGCCUCGGUGGCCCACACUUGGACUGGGCUACGACUCGAUGACAUUAACAGUGAAAGGAGUUAUGAUGCUAUGAAGGCUUAUGGGCAAAGCAAACUGGCUAAUGUCCUGUUUGCACGCUCUCUUGCCAAGCGGCUACAAGGAACUGGUGUCAGUGUUUUUUCUCUGCACCCUGGUGUGGUCCAGUCCGACCUGUGGCGGCACCAGCACCAAUGCAUACAAAUAGCAGUGAAGAUCUUUAGGAUCUUUACCAAGACAACAGUGGAGGGAGCUCAAACCACUAUCUUUUGUGCUGUGGAACCAGGCCUGGAGAGCCUGAGUGGAACCUAUUUCAGUGACUGUGCGCCUGCACGCUGCUCAAGGGCUGCUGCUGAUGACGACUUGGCCCAGAGGCUGUGGGAGAUGAGCUGCAACAUGCUCGACAUCACCUGGGAGUGAAAAGCAGCAAAUUAACUAAAAGCUGUGUGUUUCUUGUUUUUUUUUUUUUUUUUAAAGCACUGUUAUGCACUUUUAUCCAAUAUUAGGCCAGUUUUGUACAAAUGAUGGAUUUAGUGAGUGAAUUUCAGUGAAAAGCAAGGAAGACAGCUUCAAAUUCUACUUUAUUUUAUAUAGAAAAAAAUCAUAUGUUGAAAUU